ACAACACUUGAGAGGAGAGGGCCAGUGCGUUUUUUCCUUGUCGAUGUUCAGUUUCUGAAAAGUGAUCAUUUCGGUGCAACGAUAAACCCAACAACAGCUGGACCUCUGUAACACCAUGGCACCAUCGUUUUCCCAGAUUCCAAGAAGUUCGAGGCGUCGAUAUUUUUUUGUCUUUUUCGGCAUAGUAGCCAUGUCGACAAUAUUUUUCGUUCGUUUUCGUCACGAUCAAAACAAGACGGAAUAUGUUCUUGGAAGAGACGUGCUUUUACCCCAAAAGACGAUAUCAAUGUCCACCAUACAAGGAAGUGAACCGAUGUCCUUGGAGCAGGAACAGGCAAAAAGAAUGGCAGUUUUUAAGGACUACUGCAGAAGACAUCAGCCUAACACCGUGAAGCCAGUGGCCAAUGAAACGAUAAGCCGAUUUAUCGUAAAUGACAAAUAUAAGAUCCUGUACUGUUUCGUCCCAAAAACUGGAACGACGACAACCAAGCAUGUGUUUUACAACCUUGAGCAUGGGACAAACACGACUACCCUUUUCCUUGGAAGCAAGCACCUGAAGUUCCUUAGCGAAUAUACGGACAACGAGAUACUUCGUCGUUUGGAAACUUACAUCAAAUUUAUUGUUGUAAGAGAUCCACUUGAACGACUGGCUUCUUCUUGGAAGAACAAGUUCAUGGACAUCCGUGGGGCAAUGAGAUACUGGUUUAUUGAACAUUACCAGAGUAUGCUUGAGACGAUUGGGGAUAAUGAACCAGGCGAAAAGAUUACAUAUCAAGAUGUGAAUUGGAAGCACAUACCAUUCCUCGCCUUCAUCAGAGCUAUUGCAAGAAAUCAGACAAGAUGGAUGAAUCCACACUGGCAACCAGUAUAUCAGCUGUGUUCACCAUGUCAGGUUAACUGGGACUACAUCGCCCAUACAGAGACACUGGUUGAAGACUUUCACCUCUUCUUCAAGAAAGCUGGAAUCGUUGGACGAGAGAACAUCAUACCAAAGAUGGAAGAAAGGGUCGGAAGUAGGUUCUACCUUGAAGGCUUCAUGAAGAUACCACUUGAAGAAAUACAGCGUAUAGGGGAACUUUACCAAUCUGACUAUGACAUGUUUGGAUAUUCCUUCCAGGAGGAUCUAGAUAAUUUAAUGAAACAUGUAAUAAAAGAGAAGCUGCAUGAUAAUUAGUAUUACUAAACCCUGAACUACGAGUUUUAGGGAUUUGAAGCAUAGACCCUUUUCUGGUUUUGAAGUAAUUUUUUUAUCGAUGAGCAAAAACGAUACAUGGUUGUUAGCGGGUUGUUUUCACUACAUAUACUCAAAUUUUACAAGGUAAUGUUACUUUGCCAGUGACCUGUCUAAGGCAGAUUAAAGCCUUAUUCAGACCUAAAGUUUUAGCCUUGUUGUAGAGCAACUAUCAUACAAAAAACUGUGUUUGAUCCAUGCUCUAGCUUGCCAGGGGAACACAGGUCAUUAACAACAUUGCUACAAAACUGUGUGAAGAAGAGUCGUAUACUAGAUAUGAAGUAUUCUAGUUAUCGUUAUUAUGCUGUUGAAGCUGUUCUAACGAUCAUCUUUUUGUGUUCGCAUGCUAUUUAAUAUGCCAAUAUGCGCUACAUAAUGCAUUAUUACGAUGUAGCUGUUAGUAUAAGUAUUUUUAUAAAACUCGGCACAAAGUUUGUAUUAUUAUCUUCUGUUGAUCAUAUUUCUGCAUCAAUUUGAACGCUUUAUGUUUCAAUCGAAAGCUUAUGUGAUUGUUCUUCCAAUAGCAUCAAACACUCUAUCAUUGUUAACUCUUGGAACGCGUACUAGGCCUACUUUUGUGAGUGGGUCACCGGAAAAAGUACCCUGAUUUCUAUACUGCUGGUUAAACACUGUUAUGGCCGCGGGUGACAAUGAUUGAAUCAAUGCUAUUUUUUACUUACCUUUUGGUAUGCAGAACAUCGAGGUUCAUUAUAACCACAUCUGAGUACAGUAUUUUAUGAUUGUACAUUUAUGGAACGAGCACCGGCCCUGCUUACGUACAGGGGUUACAAAAUAAAGUGCCGAAAUUAGCCUACUAUA